AUGGCUGUCAGUUUCCUCUGGAGUUUGUUGUGAAGAAUGUUCAUAAUGCCUUGUUUACUAUGGAUCGCGUGAAGCUCAGCAGAAUCCGUUCCAUACAGCCCUUCAUUCUCUCGACAUUCCAAACUGGGUUCUAAGUCUGUUUUUAUUUGUCCCUAUCACUGUCGAUGUUUCUGCAUCAGGAUGGAGACUCUGGCUCGGAAGCUCUGCGAGGCGGUGGAUAAUGAGGACGCUCAGUGAGUUAUCAGUAUAUUCGUAUUAUAAGCCAAGCACAUAACAACUUUAUUUUUUGUUUGUUUGUUUGUUGUCUGUUUUUUUUUAAAACGAAGCAACGAGUGAAAGGAUCAAGACAGGAAGCUGUAUGGGGAAUUGCAAGUUGUGUAUUAAUGUAGAGAGUGUAUAUAAAAGGGUGAGCCUGUAAAUAUUAUGUAGUGGGAAUACCUAUCAAAAUAAAUGUACAUUUUAGCAUUAUUUUCGAAGUCCUACAUAAAGAUGUUCCACUUUUAAAAAGCUAGAUUUAUUUUUCUUUUUGAAGUUAAAUAAAUGGAUACCACUUGAUUUAAAAUUUUGACAGAUUGGUGCUGAACGUGUAAUGGUACCUGCUUAGACAUGACAGAGUUCUGCAGAAUUUGUUAAAGUGGGAUGCAUGCUAAAUAGGAUUUAAUUAGCUAUGGUCUUUUCUGGACAAUUGAAGCUAGAAUUUACUCCUCUUAUAGAUUUAGGUAUUACAAGACCACUUGAAUCACCAUAACCACUACAGCGAACUGUAAGGAUUGGGAUAUGAUUGUGUAUGCAUGGAAAAUAGCCACACUGUGCCAAUCAGCAUCUCUUCAUAGAGAUGCAUUGAAUCAAUGCAUCUAUAUGGGGAGCAUUCAGCAUCUCAAUGCAGAGUUUGGAGAUGCUGAAUGUCGUGCUGCAUACCAUGCAGCACUGACCCAAUAAGCAUCUCUAGUGGCCAUCUGUGACUACCACUUGAGAUGUCCGCAGGGAGCAAUGUAAACACUUUUCUUUGAAAAGGCAGUGCUUACAUUAAAAGCAAGCAGGAAAUGACUACUCUCACCAGAACAACUACAUUAAGCUGUAGUUGUUCUAGUGACUAGUGUCCCUUUAAACACUUAUUUAUUUAUUUUUGUGUGAAAUUAUUGUAGAAUUAUUGGAGAAGAUACAACAAGAUGAGGGUAGGGCAUGUAGGAAUAGUGCAGCCCACAAGAAGAACUUGGAGUGAGAGCUGAAGAUGUCCGUGUAAACAAAGGACAGGUGAAGUGACUAAGAUGUACUUGCGAAUUAGAGAAUUAAUGUAAUUUAUGGGAACAUUGAGGCCUUUAUUUAGUGACCGAAAAUAAAUUAAUUCCUAAUAAACUGUAGUGUGGAAAAGGUUUGAAAGCGACCAAUGAGAAAUAGUUUUGCAAUAAUUGAACUGGAAUAUGAGAAGAACAUGAACAAACACAUUAGUUGCUCCUAGUUUCAAUUCUGCUCAACUCUUAAUGCAUUAAAGUAAAAUAAAAUGAAAUUGUUUAUUUCACUGAAUCAAACUAUAUAAUUGUAUUUGCAUUUUUGUUUUUCUCUAGAGAGGUAAAAGCUCUCUUGCAACGUGGUGCUGAUCCAAACUUGGUUUUGCCCAAUGGUGUUGCUGCCAUUCACCUUGCCUCAGGGAGGGAGAGUGAGAGUGCCCUUCGAUGUCUGGCAUUGAUAUUGCAAGAUGGAGGUGAUCCCAAUGUCCGGUAUGCUUCCUUUUAUUUUGUUCCCUAUUCUUUCAGAUGAUGGUAGAGUCCUUGAGUUAUAACAUGUGGGAAGUCUUGGCCAACACAACAGGAGAAGACAAAACAUCCAAAUUGGAACUCUGUUUCACAUUUUUAGAGGAAGGUAGAACUGUGUAAACUCUGAAGACUUCUAUAUUUGUCCUAAAUAGCUAGAUUGAUAGGUGAUCCCCUAACUUCUAUGGAGCAUGUUAUACCUCUGCAAAGUACCUUGUAAGAAGAAGGCAAUGAAUAUAUUGAGUGUCCCUUUAAAUCCACCAGUUUUUAAAAAGAAAAUAGAGGGAGAAGACAGGAAGCAGCUGACAAUAGCAUAACUGUAUAUAUGCAAUUUAUUACAUGCUAAGGUAAAAUGCUUACUUUGAAAAUGGAUGAACAGUAGUCUCUCACACCAACGCUACAAUGUACCACCAACAAAUUCAGAUGGAUUCUUAGCAGAUCUCUUCAAAUUCUGAACAAAAAGCUAUUCUGCUCUGGUCUCCCUGCUUCCUGUUACAUAUUCUACCUCUUGUGUCUGGGCUUCUCACAGUAUAUAGUAUACAUACAAUAUUUGACAUUGUAGCUUUCUCCUUUUUGGACUUUACUUAGACUUAGAACUGGGUGACAUUUCAAGGAGGAACAAUAUAGAAAGAGAUUGACUUUUUUACCAGAUCUGGUUUUGUUUCCUUCUGUUUUGGCUUAUGUACUCACCACCAAGAAAGAAAAUAAAUUUAUCAGCUAAACAUAAAAUGUGUUUGCUUUUAGAAGCUCAUCUUUUCCUAAUAAAUUAUUAUUUUAUGUUAGAAAAAAAGAUAAAGCUUAACACAUUUUUGGGGGCCUAGAGUGUGCCAAUUUUCAAGUAGAAUUUCUAUAAGAACUUUCUCACAUACUGAUAAAUACAUCUUCCGUUAUUGUUGAUGCUCUUAUCUCUUGGUUUCAGAUCCAUAGAGGAGUUGACUCCUAUACAUGUAGCUGCAUCCUGGGGCUGUUGUAAGGCUCUACUUGCCUUGCUCCGGAAAGGUGGGGACCCUACUUUGCUGGAUCAGGUCUGUUAUUCUGUCAAACUAUUCCAGAUGAAACAGUUUGUGCCUUUGAAAUUUAUUUUUCUUGUACACUUUUAAUAUAAACUGCUAGGCUUGAUUAUUGCUUCCCCUAGAUGGCACUCAUUCGCACAUAAUAUUAGAACUAAAAUGUUACUGCAUAAUACAAGAAAUGUAUAUUUGUUUAUACAAUUCAGAUUAAUUAUACAAAUUUGUGUAACCUUAACUUGCUUACUUAUGAAGAUUCCGAGUGUAGUAGAAGUACUGGAUCAAUGAUUGCCCGGUAAAUGUAACUGUCACCAAAUUACAGUGCUGUUAGCCAACAGGAAAAUAGUGGGGAAAAACCCCCAAAGAAAACCUAUUCAGCAUAUUAAUUUAUGUGGUUUUUGAAGAUCCCUUGCUAGACAGCCACCUGUCAUGGUAUAUACCCUACCACACAGUGUAUGAACUCUCUUUUGAUUUAACAGAGAAUGCAGUAAUUUAUCCCUGGUAAUUAGAAUGGCCAGGCUUAAUGUAUAUAAUGAGGAUCAAAUGAUAAGAGAGGUCAGAGAUCAGGUAAGAUGCAUACAAAGCUGGGUCAAGGGUGACAGGUCAGAAAGGACAUGUAAAACAGAGUGAAAUAUCAGAUAAUCAAUCACACUAUGAACGUGAUAGACCUCCGCUUCUUUCUGUCUGUAAUGAUUGGCUGUUUCUGUGCAGCUAGGUUUAGUACUGUACGUGUCUUAUUGCCCUGCUUUUUAUAGCCACAGGUAAGAUUUCAUAAUGUGAGCCAUAUCUGCUAUCUACUGAUGGUACGGCCUAUGUAGUGGGCUAUCUUGGACCUGGAACCUCUUCCUCAAAGGGUUACUCUAACCCUUUGCAAUCAUGAGUUGUUGUUGUUUUUUAACCUAUAUUAUCCUGUAGGGCAUUUCUAGGUAGGUUCCCCUGCCUAAAAAUGUGUAAAAAUUUUUUUUUUUUUUUUUUUUAAAUUUAAAAUUAUUUUUUUUACCUUGUGUACUAUUGCCUGCCCAGGGAAAUAUAUAUUGAAGAAGCUUUAAGUAGAUUUUUUUUGCUGAUGUCUCUUACAGAGGCAGCUUGGAAUGCUGUAGUGAGUGAUGCAACAGAUGGUUGAUGAGUUUUAUGUACUAUGUGUCUCAGCAGUUGGCUCUCUCUGAGGAAGUAUUGUCUGCCAUUUCAUGGCUAGGCUGUAAUUGUCCCUAGACACCUCACUUCGCAAUAAUAGCACUUACAGUUGACUGAGGACGAUUUGAUAGGGCAUACAUUUUACAAACUGACUUGUUUCAUCCUAGACCCAUUGAGCUUUUCAUUAUGACCCAUUGUUCUGUCAGUGUUUGUCUAUGGAGAUUUCAUGGCGGUGUGCUGGAUUUUAUGCAAUGGAUGUUACUGAAAUGCCAGAGCUCAAUAAUGAGCAAAUGUAUAUUUGAAAAUAUUUUUAAAAUUUUUAUUUUGGAACUAGAUUUUCACUCUAAACCAUUUGUAUUUAUGCCAUUUAUACAUGUUGGAAGAAAAUAUAAUCGAUAAUUUGGACAGUACUUUUAGACAUUUUUUUUUCCCUCUUGCCUAGGAUGGAAACAGUGCUUCGGACCUGGCAUUGAUGGAAGAGAAUCGCAGGUGUGUGGUGACUAUUCUAGAAUAUAUGGAGAGGAGCACAGAUUGUUCAGAACAGAAUCCCGGUAAGUCGUUAAACUGUUUUUCCUGAUUUGUGUCUACUAUUAAUGUUCGUUUUGUUGGAUAUAGAAUACAAAAGAAACCACAAGAGUAUGACCGAUUAGGACAGUUUCGAACUAGACAAUGAAAGGGAACAAAAUAAUUGAUUGCAUUUUUGGGGGUCGAAUCAGUUCUGUGGUGGGGUUUCAGAAACCCGCAUGUAACCAAGGGUGAGUCAGUGCAUUGCUCACACUAUUCUCUAACCACCUCCAUGAAGUGUGCUGUUAAUGUAGUGAGAGGUGGCUGGCUCAAUGACUGAGCUCUCUUUUUCCUAUUCCUUGAGGUGUUUGCAUAGAGAAGGUAAUUAGGUAAUUAUAGUAACCCAGAACCAGGGAAUCCUGAAUAAUGUGGCACCAAACGAAAGGACUCUGCUUCAAACAUCUUCUAUCUGUGUCCAGACCACAGUGUUGAUGAAGAUUAAGCCUACGAAAAUGAAAAUCCAAAGCAAAGGCCUUUGAUUCAGAGAUUUGGCAUAGAGGCGAAAUAUUUUUUUACUAUUUGUAUAGCGUCAACAAAUUCUGUAGCGCUUUACAAUGGAUGGACUAACAAACAUGUAAUUGUGCCAGAUAAGUUUGACACCCAGGAACCAGAGGGGUUGAGGGCCCUUCUUAAUGAGCUUACAUGAGUGGGGUAAAGUGACACAAAAGGUAAGGAUAGUAUUAGGGAAGUAGAAUAGUAUUCACUGAAGACUUAGUGUGUUGGUUUUAUUUUUGUUUGUUUUUAAAGGACAGUUGCAAGAGAGGAAUCAGUUCGGACCCAUUAACAGUUUAAUUGAUACACUUUUGUGAAAAAGUUAGUUUUUGAUGAUUUUUAUUUUUUGGAAGAAGUGGAGACUGGGUGAGCGUCUAUCGGAAAAGGGGAGGGUAUGAUGCAGCCCUAGAGAAGUCUUGAAGGCGAGCAUCAGAGGUGGGAGUACGAACAAAGGAUAGACGUAGGUCUUCGGCAGAGCGUAAGGGCCUAGACGAGACAUACUUGUGUAUUAGGGAGGAUAGAUAGGUGGGAACAGCAUUAUGUAGAGAUUUGAAAGCAAGAACCAGAAUUUUAAAUUGAGCCCUAUAUCUUACGGGAAGCGAAUGCAGGGACUGACAAAGGGGUGAGGCGUGGGAGGUGCGGGCGGACAGAAAAACGAGCCUCUCUUCCACAUUCAUUAUAGACUGUAAUGGGGCACGUUGGGAGCACGUAAGACCACUGAGAAGCGGAUUGCAGUAGUCAAGGUGAGAGAGGACCGUGGAAUGGACCAGCACCUUAGCUGCAUCUGGCGUUCAGUAGGGGCGGAUGCGUGCAAUGUUUUUGAGAUGGAAGUGUCAAGAUUUGGGGACCGACUGGACAUGAGAGGUGAAGGAGAGGUCGGAGUCAAAUAGAACAACUAGACAGGGAGCCUGUGUGGUGGAACUGAUGAUUGCGCCAUUAAUGUGGAGGGAGACAGAAAUGGGAGUAGCAACACCUGAAGGCGGAAAGACCAGAAGUUCUGUUUUGGACAAGUUGAGCUUAAGGAAGUGGGCAGCCAUCCAGUUCAAAAUAGCAAAGAGGCAGUCAGAGACACUAGUCAAGAGAUGUGAGGAGAGCUCAGGAGAGGACAGAUAGAUUUGCAUGUCAUCUGCAUAGAAGUGAUCUUGGAAGCCAAAGGAGCUGAUGAGUUUACCAAGGGAGGCAGUAUAGAUCGAGAACAGUAGGAGACCAAGGCCUGAACCUUGGGGGACACUAACAGAGAGGCAUUGGGGAGGGAGAGGGAAAGAAACACUAAAAGAGCGCUGGGAGAGGUAGCAAGAGCACCAGGAGAGGCUGAGAUUACAUACGAUGAGAAGAAGCUGUUGAUGAUCAACAGUGUCAAAAGCAGCGGAAAGGUCAAGGAGCAUUAGGAUAGAAUAGUGACCAUGAUAUUUUUGAAGCGAGUAGAUCAUUGGAUACUUUGGUCAGAGCUCCACAAAGGGCUGAGCCAGGAAACCAGAUUGAAGUGAGUUGAGCAGAGAGUUGGAUUUAGGAAGUCUGUCAGUCUCACAUACACAAGUACACAAGUUUUUCAAGGAUCUUGGAUGCAAAAGGCAGUAGUUGGAUGGGGAGUUAGGGUCAAGUUUGGGCAUUUUUAGAAUCAGGGUUACAUGUUUGAAGGAUGAUGGAAAUAUGCCAGAGGAGAGGUAGAGAUUGAGAAUUUUAGUGAGAGGCGGGGCAAGAGGAGGAGAUGAAGUGUGGCUGAGAUACGUAGGAAUAAGAUCAAGGGAAAUCAGAAAUCUCCAAUCCCAUGGCCCUAUGUAAAGUUUUGUUGAAGAGGCGUAACAGGGGGACAGACCUACUAUUUUCAUUCAAGAGCUGGCAAAACUGUGUGUGUAUAAUAAAUUUUUUUUUCCACAUUUAUGCAUUGUGGCAAACUAAAGUGGAUUUAUCAGCAGGAACAUUCCAUGUUUAUUUCUUUACUUUUACAUAGUUAGUUACAUAGACUGAAAAGACGUGUCCAUCAAGUUUCGCCUUCCUCAUAUUUGGUUUUUGCUGUUGAUCCAAAAGAAGGCAAAAAAUCCAGUUUGAAGCACUUCCAAUUUUACAACAAACUAGGAAGAAAAUUCCCUCUUGACCCCUGAAUGGCAGUCAGAUUAAUCAAGCAUUUACCCUAGAUUGAAAAAUCAUAUCCUUGAAUAUUCUGUUUUUGCAUCUAGUUGCUGUUUAAACAUCUGUACAGACUCAGAUAAAACUACUUCUUCAGGCAGAGAAUUCCAUAUUCUUAUUGUUCUUAUGGUAAAAAAAAAAAAAAAUUUCCUUUGCUUUAGACUAAAUCUUCUUUCUUCCAGUCUAAAAGCAUGACCUCGUGUUCUAUGUAAAGUCCUGUUUGUGAAUAGAUUUCCACAUAAUGGUUUGUAUUGGCCACAAACAUAUUUGUAUAAUGUUAAGAUAUCCCCUCUGAGGCGACGUUUUUCUAAACUAAAGAGGUUUCAAUUUGUUAACCUUUUCUUCAUAGCUAAAAUGUUGUAUUCCUUUUAUUAAUUUUGUAGUCCUCCUCUGCACUCUUUCUAGUGCCAUAAUAUCCUUCUUUAGAACAGAUGUGGUCUUACCCGCGAUUCAUAAAGAGGCAAAAUUAUAUUCUUAUCCCGAGAAUGAAUGCCCUUCUUCAUGCAUGGCAAUACCUUACUGGUCUUAGCCACUGCUGAUUUACAUUGCACAUUGUUGCAUAGUUUGUUGUCUAUAACAAUUCCCAAGUCCUUCUCGUGUGUGAUUAUCUCUAAUUUGCUUCCAUUAAGGGUAUAAGUUGCUUGUGCACUCUUGAUGCCGAAGUGCAUAACUUUGCAUUUUUCUCCAUUAAAUUUCAUCUGCCCUGAGUGCCCAGUCCCUAAGUCUAUCUAAAUCCCUCUUCAGCAAAGUAAUAUCUUGCUCACAUUGUAUUCCUUUACAGAGUUUUGUGUCAUCUGCAAACACUUUUUUAUUUUUUAUAAAUUGCCAUACAGUUGAUUUUUAUAAACAAGAAAAAAAAAAAGUCCUGGCAUUAAUUCCCCAUCAAAAUAUCUACCAAUGCACAGUAGAUACAUAAUGUAUACCAGUCCUUAUCAGAACUUUGACGUUUAAAUAAAACACUUUUGUUGUACUGUAGACAUAGUAACUGUUACGGCACCCCCAGGCAUAAAAGGGUUAAACUGCCGUUUAGUAGAUGUUCCCUUCCAGAGACACAGGCACAGCUACUGCAGAACACCAAACUCCCGAACUGGAUACAAGGGAAUGCUCCAAACUCCCGAAUUGGAUACAAGGUAGCACUCCAAACUCCCGAAUUGGAACCUCACGAAGAGCUGCUAGCAGACGAACAGGAAAAGCACCCAAGCGGCUUACACUCCUGGCAAUCAGUCUCUAACAGCAUACAGUAAAUCCCCCCCAAAGACAAGACAGAGCUCUGUGUUGAGGGUCAAGCAGUGGUCUGGUUUAUUGAGGGCUACCUGCCCAGUAUUUAUGCAGGUCUCCCACCUGGUGGACACUCCCCUAGGGGACCAGAUGGAAGACUGUAACACAGACAGACAUGUAUCACAUUCAGAAACACAGAAGUAAAACAUCCCCACAAUGCAUCCUAAUUUCCCUCCCUCUAUCCUGGAGAUAAUUGGGAAGUAAUCCAAUUAUCUCCCAGGACAGAGGCAAAACUCCAUUAUACACGUGGGGACACAAAGACAGUAAAAUACAUUAAAACAUACAGUGUUACAUUUAAUACAUAAAAUCCAUACAUGUCAUAUAUCCCCAGAUAGCUGGGAUCUGGGCGCACAAACUACUGAAUAGCGCUCAGAUCCUAUUCACACAGUUCAAUUUCCAUGGAGCCAAAGUCUUUAAUUACACAAAUAGGCUCCAUGGCUGUGCUAUCUGGGUUAAAGCAUUCACAUAAAACAAAGUCCCGAAUGAUCAGGUGUUUGGUUAAAUAGCCACGAAUAGAAGCAGGGAAGGCUGGAGGCUCAGCGGUGCCAGCACGUAAAAGUGUCCGCUUUUAGUGCACGGAUUCCGGGCUGAGCACCGCUGGCCGUGGGGGGAGUUCCAUAACACUGCCACCUAGCGGCCGCUAAGUGUAACCGCAGCCACCCAGUAAUAGUCAAUUAAGCUGCAGUUAACUGCAGCUACUGGGUGGUCAAUUGACUGCACAUGCCAGCUUCUGGGCGGCCAAUUAACAGCGCCUGCCGGCUCCCCACGGCUCUGGGGAGGCUAAUAGAAGGCGGUUUGUGCGGUAGACUAAAUCUACCGAACGGCUGUGCAAAAAGGCAUGAAUAAACCUUUCUGCACAGUAAAAUUAACUGUUUAACUGCCGGUCCAUAAUCCAAAGGUAGCAGGCAGGCAACCAGGCUCCUCCAAUGCAAUGUGGCGAGAUUGGUCUCGUCACAGUAACAUUAGGCUGCAAUAAAUUAAGUUUAUCACUCUAAACCUUUUGUCAAUUAAGGGGACAAAUACAAUACUUGAAGCAAUUUUGAUUUGUGCCUCAAAAUAGGAAAUUAAUUAUUGCUAAUGUAUUUCUCCAUGUAUUAUUGAUUAUUAUUAGUAGCAGUAGUAAUAUUUUAAUUAUGUUUAAAUUCAUAUAUACCUUUUAUUAGAAUCUUCUAUAUUUUUUGAAGCGGUCUAGUUUCUGAAUGCACAUCUUCUCUAGGCUGUUCUAUAUUUGCAUUUUCUGUUGUUACUUUGAAGAACCCUUUCCUUUGCUGCUUUCCUAAAAUAAUCAGUGGAUCACGUCUUAUUUGUGCAGUUUUGUUAAACCGUUUUUAAGAUUUAUAAAUUGCUUAUUUAAUUUACUGUACACUCUAAUUUGUUUUUUUAUAGGCUAUAAUUAUUUCUUCUAUCUUGUCCCACGCUAGGAUAUCGUAAGGACAACUUAUCUGUGUCUGAUGGCAUCACUCAGAUAAGCAACAUAUCUCUUCUCCUUGAGUCUUCCUAUGACAGUUCUCCUUUAAACAGUACCAGGAUGUCCCCUUUAACACUUUUUACAAAAGGUCUGGAUAAUGCAAUAAUCCGAAGUCAGGUGGAUCUUCCAGGCUUGGAUGCAGAUGGUGAUUUUAAAAACAAAGAGACUCCUGAGCUGGCUAAUGAGAGAAACCAAAUUGACAAUAGUCACAAAAUUCUUCCAUAUUUUAAGCCAAGCAAAAAGUCAUCUGAUUGUGCUCUGAGAAGUAUUGCACAGUUUGAUACAGAGCCACAACUGGAUACAUCAGUUAAUGGACAGAUUUUCAGGGAUAACCAAAUGCAGUAUGCAAAAAGAGAUGAUUAUACUAAAAAGAAAGCCCAGAUGGAAUUGUCUGUUAAAAGUAAAUUAAACCGUAAUAGAGAUGUUAUUGUGGACAUACAGUCUAGUAGCAAAAUUAAUGAUAACACAAUCUCAUGGAAAAUGACAGGAAUGGAUGUCACAUCUCCAGAUCACAUAUUUGCAUAUAGCAAACAAACCUCAAAGGAUAAUGAUCUGGAAGAGACCUUGUUUAUUCAAGGUCAAAAUGGGGGUGACUACAUAGGAGACCAGGAUGCAGACUCUAGUAGCAAGUAUAAUAGCUGUCAGAGUGACCAUUAUUCUAUCUGUGAGGAAAAUUAUGUUGGCAUAGAUGCUCGGUACUCUUUGGGAACAAAGUCUUGCAAUCCACAACUGUCAGUGCUACAAAUGACUGCAUCUUUGCCAAAAAGGAGCUUGGAGAAUAGGAGCAACGUGAUUUCUUGUUCACAAACGUUCAACAAUCACACAAAUGGAGGAAGUCCUACACAGAAUGUUUUAUGUAAAAACCAAACUCUGCUAGCUGAACAGUCUCAAGAAGCUAAAGAGAUGGUUCUUAAUGGUCAAUCUUCCACUUUAUUAGUAGUUAGAGGUAGUGAUGAUGCAAGCCCUGAACGUGAUGCUAUGCCAAGUAAAAGCCAAAUUCAGCUGAAUGAGAGGUCUCUGAACGACACAGAGGUGCUGUGCAAUGACCAGUCUUCAACCUUUUUAAUAGUUAGACGUGAUGACGCCUGUCCUAGAAGUGGCCACGAAGAUCUGAAAAAUCAAUUAAGACACUUAAUGCUGUUAACCAAAGCCUGUGCAUCAAACCUUUCACAGCACAAUACACCAGCUUUGAAAGACCAUGCCGAAUUGUCAGAUGUAUCUACCUCAGAUACUCUUCCAGUUAAUCACCAAGAAAACCCUCAAGGUGUUGAAAGAAGGGUUAUUAAUGACCAACUUAAAGCAAUGAUGUUUUCGACCAGGUUACAAACAAGAACUAUUGACUCAGCUAUCCCAGAUACUUUAGCAAUGGAGCCACACACACAUGUUGUAAAAGAAAAAAAGGAUGAGGAACUGAGUACAGAGCUAAUGAAAAUGAUGAUAUCCACAAAGUCUUUUCCAUCCACGUCAAUGAAAGCUGAAGUGAAAGGACCUAGCUUGUAUAAUAACUGUAAAAAAAGUCAUCUUAAUUCAUCCAAUUCUCACCACAGUAAUUCUUCCCUUUUUCACGAAACUGUUGAAAUGCCCCAACGGGGAAGGAGAGUCAGAAGCCCUGGUAGUAGAGCACAAUCUCCUCCUUCAAAUUUGGAUACGUUCACAAAAAAAAAUAUUCCAGUUAAUAUAGUUUCCCAACAAAUGGAAAAUGUGGGGACAUAUGAAUUAAAAGUACCAAAUUUUCAACUGGCAGACUCCACAGUUCAAAGGCAAACCUUUGUCAAUGCAUUUAGGAAUCCAGAUGUUACUGUAAAUAUCAGUGACUUUUUAACAGAUGAUUUGUCUUCAACUGAUUCGGAACCAGUGAAAUCUGAUCCACAUGUCUGUGAUUCCACAAGAAUCCCUGUGAUAGAACAUACUGGAAAUACAUGGUUAACUGAAGAUGGUGAAGAGGAAAGCAGUGGAGAUGUUGGCCAAGGUAGCACAGUUAAUCCACUCCCAUCCACUCAGUGUGGACAAUCUUUUCCUGGAACAGAAUACAGUGGCUCUUUGGUACAUAGCACACUGUUGGAAGAUCUAGCAGUGAACUCUGUGCGUAAAUUUAAUGAACCACGAUACAGUUUCAGUAGGUUAUCCUGUAUUACUAAAGAAGGAAUAAACGAAUGCCAGCUAAGUACUGUGAUUGACUGUAAUGCCCGAACUGUGCCUUUAUCGCCAGGCGGCCGGCCAGUAAAUGAAAGUAAGUUCGAAUCAGUGGAAUAUUUAUACGAAGACUGUGAUAAGGGGCACACCUUCAUAGAGAGGCAUAUACCAUGUACCGACACAUCCUCUAACAACACAACUGAGAACUCAGAUGAUACUAUACUUUAUGAUUGGACAGACUAUAAAGGCAAUAGGCAAGCAGUAAGCAAGAUACCCACUAACCGGGUGGCAGUGGAGCUUUAUAGGCUCUCCAAUAGUGAGCUUACAAGAAGACUAUUGGAAGCUGGAGAAGAUCGCCUUGGACCAGUGACAAGCCAGAACCGGAAAAUGUAUAUCAAGCUUUUAGACAAAUGUUUAAAGGAACAGCAAAGCAAAGGCUCCAGUGGAUCCACAGGUAUGAUGGUAAAUUUUAAACUUACCGCAAUUUUUUUUUAGAGGAACACUCUAAGCACCAAAGCCACUACAUAUUAUUGUAGUGCUUUUGGUACCUAGAUUCUGCCCAUUAUGUCAUGCAAUGUAAAACAUUGUAGAAUAAUGGCAAGAUAAUGCCAAAUGUAGCUAACUUUUCAUCUCACAGAGAGCAAUGAAUUCAGUGCCUCUCACAGAGAAGCAUUGGAUUGUCAAAUUGUGGUGAUUUCUAUGCAUGAGCUUUAUGUACUCCAUACUGAGAAGCAUUUUUUUGGACAGAGAUCAUAGACUACAAGUAAGAUUAAUUGCUUCUUUUUGAACUUUGUUUAAAAAAAAAUAAAUAAAUACAAAAAAAAACAAACUAGCCUACAAUCUAAGCAUACUAAGGAAUACAUCAGGCUUUAAAAUAAUUUAUUUGUAAAGUUAGUGUUUCUAUAAGUCAGACUGACAGGUAUAUCCUUACCAUUAUUAUUCAAAUAAGACGGCUUGUAAGUUAAUUAGCAAAAUAUUUAUGAUCAUGAUAUGUUUAAGUUUUUGUUCACUUAAGGUUACAUAGUUACAUAGCUGAAAAGAGACUUGCGUCCAUCAAGUUCAGCCUACCUCACAUUUGUUUUUUGCUGUUGAUCCAAAAGAAGGCCAAAAAAACCCAGUUUGAAGCACAAUUUUGCAACAAGCUAGGAAAAAAAUUCCUUCAUGACCCCAGAAUGGCAGUCAGAUUCAUCCUUGGAAGAUUAUAUCCUUGAAUAUUCUGGUUUUGCAAGUAUGCAUCUAGUAGCAGUUUGAACAUCUGUAUGGACUCUGAUAAAACCACUUCUUCAGGCAGAGAAUUCCACAUCCUGAUUGUUCUUACAGUAAAAAAACCUUUCCUUUGCCUUAGACUAAAUCUUCUUUCUUCCAGUCUAACCGCAUGGCCUCGUGUACUAUGUAAAGUCCGGUUUGUGAAUAGAUUUCCGCACAAUGGUAUAUAUUGGCCCCGAAUAUAUUAGUAUAAUGUUAUCAUAUCCCCUCUCAGGCGACUUUUUUCUAAACUAAAUAGGUUUAAAUUUGUUAACCUUUCUUCAUAGCUGAUAUGUUCCAUUCCUUUUAUUAAUUUUGUAGCCCGCCUCUGCACUUUUUCUAAUGCCAUAAUAUCCUUCUUUAGAAUAGGUGCCCAAAAUUGCACAACAUAUUCAAUAUGGGGUCUUACGAGUGAUUUAAAAAGAGGCAAAAUUAUAUUCUCAUCCCGAGAAUGAAUGCCAUUUUUCAUGCAUGACAAUACCUUACUGGCCUUGGCCACUGCUGGUUGACAUUGCACAUUAUUGCAUAGUUUGUUGUCUAUAACAAUUCCCAAGUCCUUUUCGUGUGUUGUUAUCCCUAAUUCGCUUCCAUUGAGGGCAUACGUUGCUUGUGUAUUCUUUACACCGAAGUGAAUAACUUUGCGUUUUUCAACAUUAAAUUUCAUCUGCCAUAUGAGUGCCCAGUCCCCCAGUCUAUCUAAAUCCCUCUGCAGCAAAGUAAUAUCUUGCUCACAUUGUAUUAUUUUACAAAGUUUUGUGUCAUCUGCAAACACUGAAACAUGACUUUCAUUUAUAAACAUGUUAAAUAGAAAGGGUCCUAAAACAAACCCCUGAGGGACACCACUUGCCACCUCUGUCCAGCUUGAAAAUUUACCAUUAAUGACAACUCUUUGUACUCUGUUUUUAAGCCAAUGUUCUACCCAAGAACAAACAUUUUCAUCUAGACCGAUUUCCUUGAGUUUGAACACUAAUCUAUUGUGUGGAACUGUAUCAAAUGCCUUGGCAAAAUCCAAAUAGAUCACAUCCACGGCAACACCCUGAUCUAUACUUCUACUUACUUCUUCCUAGAAUGCAAUCAAGUUAGUUUGACAUGACCUGUGCUUCAUAAAACCAUGCUGAUUUUUUUUUUAUGGUUGUUCUCCUUUAGCUAUUUCACAAAUCGGAAAAAACAUUUAGUCUAGCUUUUAUUGCCAUACAAAAAUUGUAACAUUAGCGUAACUAUAAUCUUAUAAGGUGGUGUUUUUUUUUUGUUUUUUUUUUGCUUUUAAAUACAGGAUACAGCCCUGAGCUCUCUCUUGUCCUUCGAAUUUUCAAUAUUCCAGACUGCAACUGCGAUGAAGCAACACUUGCCUUGGAGUUUGAUCAGCCAGAUAAGACCCGGAAAUGGAGAGAGGGGGUCCUGAAAUCAAGCUUCAAUUACUUGCUGCUGGAUCCUAGGUAAUAUUAAGGACUUAUUUUUAUUCACAUUUUAUUAUGAUUUUUCUAAAUAUUACAAGAUUGUAGUAAGGAAAUGUGUAGUUAACCAUAGUUAAAUCCAUAUUAACAGUCCAUGACCUAAAAAAGCACCUCCGUUAUUCUGUUGUGAUGGUAGUUUUGUAUAUUUUCUCGAAGAGUGACACGCAACCUUCCGUCCCGCUGCCAAAAUUUGUCCCAGAAUGAAUGCUUCCGCACUUUUGUAAGUUCUGUGUUUUACGUGGGCAAAGGAAAAAGGUCACGUCCCUACUCUCACCUCUAUGAAGCUUUAACCCAUUACAAGGGCAGGAACAAACAGGUACGUUUUGUAAUUCUAGUGAAAUUCAGAUUUGUUUCUAUGUGUCCAUUCUGAAAUGUAUGUAAACCAUAUUGUUUAGAGAAGCUUCAGACCGGGAUACAAUUAAUCUUCUAUCUCUCUUCCUCUGUGUCAUUAGUGCUUUGUUUGUCUCUUUCUCUCUUUCACUAUACUCCAAUAGUAAUGAUGUAAAUAACAAGAAAGUAAUAUAUUUCUAUAGUAAUGAAUGACAGGUCAGUAAUAAUACAAUUUACUGGUACAUAUUUACAGAUGUGUGCCAAGGUGCAACACAUUUUGGACAUAUGGAAAAGUGGUCAAGGUGUGAUAUCUUUACACUGCUUCCAGAACACCAUUCCUGUAGAGGCAUACACACGAGAGGCCUGCAUGGUGGAUGCCAUUGGUAAGAUUUUAUUUUUGUUAUUUUCUUUUAAAUCUUGUUAGAUUAGAUUAUCUAACCUAUUUUCUUCUAUAUUAAUAAAUGGAUCAAAUUAAAGGAUCUCUGUAUCUGGAACUGAUUAUAUUACUCUUACCUGCACAUGUGUAUUUAACCCAGUUAAUGUGGGGUAGAUUCAUUUACUUUAUUUUCAAUAUCAUUUGUGUGUGUAUGUAUAUGUAUAUGUGUGUUCUAAAGAAGGAUAUUAUGGCACUAGAAAAAGUGCCAUAAUAUCCUAUGUGGGUGAGUAAAAAUCAUUAUUUUGCAGACUGGAGGCAAACAAAUGGGGUCCUUGUCCAUAGUGCCCAAUAGGGCAUUGAACACAGGUAAGGUACCCCCUUCAAAAGGGAUUGUUGCAUAGAUUUUAGGAAACCAAUCUUUUAAAUUAUUAUUUACCUUUAAACAUUUGAGGAGCAUUGGAUUGGACCAUUGCUAAAGAGGCCAUGCCUCCUCUUUGUGUAAUACAGAGAAGAGGUACAGCUUAGAAUUUGGACUGCACCCAGGUUAGCUCUUUAAAGGAAACCGGUCUCUGAUACUAAAUGCACCCAGGGAUUAAUUUAUUCAGAGAUCGGUAGGAUAGAUCUCUGAUUCAGAGAUUGGUAGGAUAGAAAAUCCUUCAAGGAGGCAGACUGCACCCUUUGCUAAGAGCUUAAAACUAAAGGUUUGUUUGUUCCCUGGAACUGACUCACAGGAGAUGUUAAAGUAUAAUAAAGUAAAAAAGACCGAUAUACCGAUGGACAUACUCGAAAAAUUAGAAUAUUGUGCAAAAGUUCAUUUAUUUCAGUAAUGCAACGUAAAAGGGGAAACUAAUAUAUGAGAUAGACGCAUUACAUGCAAAGCAAGAUAGUUCAAGCCGUGAUUUGUCAUAAGUGCGAUGAUUAUGGCUUACAGCUCAUGAAAACCCCAAAUCCACAAUCUCAGUAAUUUGGAAUAUUGUGAAAAGGUGCAAUAUUCUAGGCUCACAGUGUCCCACUCUAAUCAGCUAAGUAAGCCAUAACACCUGCAAAGGGUUUCUGAGCCUUUAAAUGGUCUCUCAGUCUGGUUCAGUAGGAAUCACAAUCAUGGGGAAGACUGCUGACCUGACAGUUGUGCAGAAAACCAUCAUUGACACCCUCCAUAAGGAGGGAAAGCCUCAAAAGGUAAUUGUGAAGGAAGUUGGAUGUUCCCAAAGUGCUGUACCAAAGCACAUUAAGAGAAAGUUAUGUGGAAGGGAAAAGUGUGGUAGAAAAAGGUGCACAUCAGCAGGGAUGUCCGCAGCCUGGAGAAGAUUGUCAGGAAAAGGCCAUUCAAAAGUGUUGGGGACUUUCACAAGGAGUGGACUGAGGCUGGAGUCAGUGCAUCAAGAGCCACCACACACAGACGGAUCCUGGACAUGGGCUUCAGAUGUCAUAUUCCUCUUGUCAAGCUGCUCCUGAACAACAAACAACGUCAGAAGCAUCUUAUCUGGGCUAAAGAAAAACAGACCUGGUCUGUUGCUCAGUGGUCCAAAGUCCUCUUUUCUGAUGAGAGCAACUUUUGCAUCUUAUUUGGAAACCAAAGACCCAGAAUCUGGAGGAAGAAUGGAGAGGCACACGCUGCAAGAUGCUUGAAGUCCAGUGUGAAGUUUCCACAGUCUGUGUUGAUUUGGGGAGCCAUGUCAUCUGCUGGUGUUGGUCCACCGUGCUUCAUUAAGUCCAGGGUCAACGCAGCCAUCUACCAGGAGAUUUUGGAGCACUUCAUGCUUCCUUCCGCAGACGAGCUUUAUGGGGAUACCGCCUUCAUUUUCCAGCACCUGCCCACACUGCCAAAAGCACCAAAGCCUGGUUCAUUGACCGUGGGAUUACUGUGCUUGAUUGGCACUCGCCUGACCUGAAUCUAUGGGGCAUUGCCAAGAGAAAGAUGAGAGAUAUGAGACCGAACAAUGUGGAAGAGCUAAAGGCCGCUAUUGAUGCAUCCUGGUCUUCCAUGCCAUGCCACAUUGAGGCAGUAAUUGCUGCAAAAGGGGCCCAAACCAAGUACUGAGUCCAUAUGCAUGCUUCUACUUUUCAGAAGUCCGAUAUUGUUCUAUGUACACUCCUUAUUUUAUUGAUUGCGCGUAAUAUUCUAAUUUACUGAGAUGGUGGAUUAUUUGGGCUUUAAGCCAUAAUCAUCGCACUUAUGACAAAUCACGGCUUGAACUAUCUUGCUUUGCAUGUAAUGCGUCUAUCUCAUAUAUUUCCCCUUUUACGUUGCAUUACUGAAAUAAAUAAACUUGUGCGCGAUAUUCAAAUUUUUCGAGUAGCACCUGUACAUGUUUCAGUAAUUUCCACCAUGUUUCUUCCUGGCUGUCCUCUUCCUCCUCUGCGUUCUCUGUUUCACGGCAACUAAGCUCAAACUACUCAGUGGCUGAGCUGCUUAUCUAUUAAGAGACCACAUUCAAGGGUUAUACAAUACAGUGAAAAUGUAAUUAGAAUGCCCUGUUGUACAUUAGUAUUUGGUUCCCAACCCCUUAUAAAUCUGCAAAAUAAGCAUUAACUUACUGAUUUCCAAGCCCCAUCUGACAUCACUGCUUUUAUCCAUCUGUGGUGUAGUCAAAUUCUUCUCAUAGGGAAACAUUUCAUUGGACUAUUCUCACCAGCUCAGAGCACAUGCUUGCGAUCUGAGCUUGGAGGGGAAUGGGGUGUGGACGAGGGAGUGAAUUUAUUUAAAAAAAAUAAAUGUCAUUGGAUUGAUGCAGGAAGAGAGCGCAGCAAUGGAGAGAGGGAGGGGAAAUCUAGACUCUCUCUCUCUUGCAGGCGCUCUCUCAGCAUGGCUUCCGAAAGUUGAAGCUGAUCAUAUCUGUCAGGAGCGCAGUGCACGCUAAAAGCAAACAUAAUCUAGGCAUCUGGAGUUCUAGGCUGCCUAAUUCACAUGUUUCAGGCGUAUAUCUAACCCCUGGCAUAAAAGUGCAAAUAGCUCUGUAUGGGCAGUGUUUCAAGCUGAAACGCUGCACACGCAGACUCGUUGAUCCAUGACGACUUCAAGAAGCAGAAAUUGAGGCUGGAGUAACCCUUAAAGGUCAAAAUAGCCAAAAUGGAAACAGUCAGCUAUGCGCUCAGUUCAGCUACUCUGGCCUUAAAUUCAAAAUUCACUUUGAAUUGUGACUUUAGUAAAAAAAAAAAAAACUGAUUUGUAUGAAAAUAGCGUGGCUAAGGGGGCCAGCUUAAGCUGCACAUGUUUUUCAGGUUUUUUUUUUUUUCUUUAACAGCUAUUUAAAAUUUUUAUCCGGUUUGAAUAAGGAUAAGAAUACUCAAACCACCAAAACCUGUCGACUAAGUUUAAAGGAUUAUUCCAACCACCAUGACCACUUUAGGGAUUUGAAGUGGUCAUGGUGGUAGGAGUCAGUAUGUCCAGUGUUUUUGAUUAAAACACUGCCAAUACUGACAUGUUUUUAAGUGUGUGCGCUGGGGGGGCUUGUUGCACCGUCAGUACACGUGACAUUGGCAGCCCAGAACUCUGCAUUCUGACAACAGACAGGAAUAUUAAGGCAGAGCACCUGCAAGGGGAAGAUUGCUUCUCUCUCCCUUCCUCCCACCUUCCUACAAUGACCUCAGUAAUAUUUAUUUUAGUGUGUGUGUGUAUAUAUAUAUUUUUUUUUUUUUUGUAUGCCUUGCUGGAAAAGAGCAGGAUCUGACCCAGUAAAAUGGCAGUAAUUGUACUGCGUGUGUCCCCGGUGGAAGGGGUGCAUAGUCGGCGCUGGGAACUUCACCCUGCACCAUUUUCCAUGGAGUAAAAUUCUUUGUUGGAGGCUGGAGGACAAAUGAAGGGAGACCUUCUCCAUAGUGCUUAAUAGGGCCUUUUACACAAGAAAGGUUCCUCCUCCAAAAGGUUGUGUACCCAGAGUGUCCAUUUAAUCACCAGUGAAUUAGGAAAUAGUUUGACUGCAUCUUCCAGAUUUAAAUACGCUGUUUUUUUUGUUUUCUUUAUAUUUAGAAAUAAUUAUUUGCUGAAACCUUUUUUUUUCAUUUGAUAUAAAUAUUUUUAUAUGUUUAUUUGUUUUUAGAAUUUCUCUGUUGCCUUUGUUGUCCUAUACAGGUUUAAAGAUGCUAACCAAUCAGAAGAAAGGAGUAUAUUAUGGGCAGUUACAGAACUGGAAACCUGCUCGCCGAAGGAAUCUCGGGGUACACAUGCUGUACAGAGCACUACAAAUCUUCCUGGCUGAGGGUGAACGUCAGCUGCGUCCCCCAGAUAUACACUCAGGAAAGUAACUGCAAAAGGAAAGCUGAUUCCUGGAAGGAGUAUACAGUAAUUUAUUGUUAGGUCAUCACAACAUU